UUACCGGUUUGAAAGCGGAAGUGAUCUGCUCCACGCUGACAACACACGUGGGACCAGGAGUUGGAGUUUUUCUGCUGAAGAGUGAAUUAAUUGCGUUAUAUUGUCAUUAUUGGAAAAGCCGAGGAGGCAUAAAGCUGCGGUAGAGGAAGCACCGACGCCUGAUCCCGAAAUUGAACCAGAAAUGUCCCAGCAGGAGGCUCCGGAGGAGGUGGACACCCGGCGGACUCGCAGCGGCCGCAGAGUGCGCCCUCCUUCCUCUUUUCAGGACUCUGUGCCCCCAGUAAAAACACCCACCCGCAGGACACGACGGUCAGUGCUCCAGGAAAUACCCGCAGUGGAUGAAAAUACAAAAGAAGAGGAGAAGAAACCAGAAAUCCCUGAAGUCGUGGAGGAAAGUGCCCGAGUUUGUGAAGCUGAACCUGCCACAGAACCUGAGCCCGAAACACAAACUGCAAGUGCUGAAAAUGACAACGUAAAACACGAAGAGGAGAGCACAUGUAAGGCUAAAGAAAUGCCUCCUUCCAACGCAGAUGAACGCACGGCCCCAAAGAAGAAACCCCGACUGGCCCCGACUGUCAAACAGGCCCCGACAAUCCCACUGGGAAAACCCAAAUCUGGAAGAGUGUGGAAAGAUCGCAACAAGCAAAGGUUCUCUGCGGUGGUCAGGGAUAAACAGCUGUGUAGUUCCUGGGAGAAGAAGAUGCAGGCCAAACGAGAGAAGGACCUCAUCAAACAGUAUUCUCAGCAGCUGAAGGAUGAGAAAGCACGACAGAAAGAGGAUAAGAGGAAGAGGAGAGAAGAAAACUUGAAGAGACGUGCGGAGAAUGAACGCAAAGCUGAGAUAGUUCAAGUGAUCCGAAAUACAAACAAAAUUAAGAGAAUGAAGAAGAAACAUUUGAGAAGGAUUGAGAAGAGAGACACCCUGACCCUGCUGCAAAAAUCAAAGGACAGUAAUCAGAACACCAAAUCCAAGACCCCCAAAAGUGUAAAAGAAGGUCCCCCUGGUUCAAUUGUGACCUAAAGGAUGAAGUGUAGAAGAUUUUGACCAGUACUGAUCUAUGUUAUAAUGUUUCCUCAUCAAAAGAUACGUGGAGCUGUGUUCUUCUCUCAAACAAAAACCCUAUGUUCCACCUUGUGAUGUUAUGUGGUAUUACAGGAGGUGCUCUAGUGUGUUUUUAAACUCCAUACACCUUCACUAGAAUCAUUUGGUUAAUUUCAGCCCUGUAUUGAAUUGUAUCUUUAUUGAACGAAAGGUAAAAUGUAGCUGUUAACUUCAAAACUGCCUCAUGACACAGGGUGGAACAGAACAUUUUGAGCUUUGGAGAUGUAGACAGACUAAUAAUAAAGAAUUACUCAAAGAUGUGUGAAUAAAAACAAAACACAACUCCAAGUAGUUUUUUGGAGACGUAACAGCAUUCUGGUUAAAAACUCACAAGAAUAAAUUUUGUGUAAUAUCGGAUCUUUAAGAAUCAUAGACAUUCGCCCCAAUGCUGAGACAUGGAUGUAUGGAUGCUUCUAUACUGUAAAUUAAACCUCUAUAUGACCACA